GAAGAAGCAGGAGCGGAACGCAGGCGGGCGGCUGUGCAGCUACACGGGAUGAUUUUGGUGCAACGCAGACCCGGUAGAGCUCUUCCUUGUUUUUAACUUGUCACCCAAAUCUUCGUCCAAACAGCACUUAAAAACAUGGCGGUGAGCGCGGUGCACCUGGAGUCGGACGCCUUCCUGGUGUGUAUGAAUCACGCGUUGAGCACGGAGAAGGAGGAGGUGAUGGGCCUGUGCAUCGGAGAGGUGGAAAUCAACCGGAUCGUUCACAUCCACUCCGUCAUCAUCCUCCGCCGCUCGGACAAGAGGAAGGACCGUGUGGAGAUCUCUCCGGAGCAGCUGUCGGCAGCCUCCACCGAGGCGGAGAGGCUGGCCGACAUGACCGGCAAGCCCAUGCGGGUGGUCGGCUGGUACCACUCCCACCCGCACAUCACCGUGUGGCCGUCCCACGUCGACGUGCGGACCCAGGCCAUGUAUCAGAUGCUGGACCAGGGCUUCGUCGGCCUCAUAUUCUCCUGCUUCAUCGAGGACAAGAACACCAAGACGGGCCGGGUGCUCUACACCUGCUUCCAGUCCGUUCAGGCCCAGAAGGGCUCCGAGUACGAGCGGGUCGAGAUCCCCGUCCACGUCGUGCCCCGGGACGCCAUCGGCAAAGUGUGCCUGGAGUCGGCCGUGGAGCUGCCCCGCAUCCUGUGCCAGGAGGAGCAGGACACGUACAGGAAGAUCCACAACCUGAGCCACCUGGACCCCAUCACCAAGAUCCACAACGGCUCGGUGUUCACCAAGAACCUGUGCAGCCAGAUGUCGGCGGUGAGCGGCCCGCUGCUGCAGUGGCUGGAGGACCGGCUGGAGCACAACAAGCAGAGCAUCGUGGAGCUGCAGCAGGAGAAGGAGAGACUGCUGCAGGAGCUGGCUGCCAUGUGAGGGGCCACUGCACCUCCACCUCCUGCCACUACAAUCACUUCAAGGACAUUAUAAAAGCAAUCUGAAACUCAAAAUGUCAAGGAAUGUAUCUAGAGAGCUUCUUUGGCAGGCAGGAGUCAGUCCACCUGAAUAUGAAUGUUGGCCUCCUCCGGAGAGAUGCUGGUGUCCCAGCUGACUUACAAGGCUGACUAUGUAGCUGCAAAGCGAAGGGCUCCCCCACCUUGUUAUGAUGAACGCCACAUAAUCCUCAGCAGUUCAAAAUUAAGCUUCUAAAUAGCAUAACAAUGCCAAAUGGACAUAGAAAAUGCAGUUAAGUUCAUUAAGUAGCCUAUUUUAUUGAUCAGAACAGACCAAACAGACCAAUCAGAGUCCUAGGCUAACACUAGAUUCAGUACAGGCAUGUAUGAGCCUGAGGGGUUUUAUUUUUCUUCAGCCUCAUCCUUGACAUUAGUAAACAAAGUGGCUUGUCCUCCCAUGUGAAACUACAUAGUCUGCCUUUCAGGACUUUCUCCGAGGCUCCUCUGAUGAUGCCUGCACUGCCUUCAGGUGCCUGCUGUUCCUGUUCCAUGUUUUCCAGGAUUCCCACCACCAAGGUGAAGCUGCUCCCAGAGAGGAAGAACGCUCCAGUGACAAAAGCAGAGCGGCGUUGUGUGUAUAUAGGACACAGGGUGUGAUAUGGGUUUCAUUUUUCUGAUUGCACAUGGGGAGUGAUGUGCAAGCCUUUUGUCUGAAAUGUCAGCAGCCCACAUAUGUUGGCUGUGCUGGGAUCCUGCUUAAGCAUAUAUUGUCAAGGGUUUUAGCCACAAAGAAAAAAAAAAAAUAACUAAUUGAAAAUACAGAACUGUCUUUCCGUCAGGCCAGUUGUUUUUGUGUGUGUGUGUGUGUGUGUGCAAUACACCCCAAACUUUUCAUGUUGUCGGUCAAAUUUUUGGAAUACAGUUUGAUGUUGGGGUUUGGUGGGGUUAACAAAGUACACCACCAUGUCUGAGGCAGUCAUUUUCCACCCUGCUUGCAGCCAGCUGACGGGAUACCAUGACAUUUUAUAUAAAUUGUUUUACUCUUAAUAAACUGUGCAUUAUAUCUCCUCACAUAUUUUCAAAUUGUGAAGUGACAAGCAUACAGUCGGACUCACUUGAAAAUCACAAAACAUACUGUUGAACAUCCUUGUUAUUCACUGCAAAAGUGACAUUAAUAAAGCAAUAGACCGUC